AUGACCGUGGAGGAAUUAAUACUACAAAACUUCAGAGAAGCAGAACAAAGAAAGAAGACACGCACACAAGGCGAUAUCUCCAGCACAAUACCGGAUGCGCCAAUAGAAAGACCAUCUAUGGAUAUUCCAGAACCAGGAGAAGAGGUAUAUUACUCAAAUGAAAUAUGGAAUCAAACACCAGAAACCUCUAUUGCACCUCAACAUGAAUUUCAGAGAAUACCAGUACCAAGAGGAACAUCUGCCGUAACGAAGAAGAAAUUAAUAGAUCAACAGGAAGAAAUAAUGAAACUAAGAAAAGAGCUACAAAAUAUGCAAGACGAUCUAGAAAGCUUAUGGGAUAAACAAAUAACAACACAACAAGAAUUAGAAAUGGCACAAUCAGAAAAGGAGGGCAUGAAAGACGAAUGGAAGGAGCAGCAACAAAAUUUAAUGCGUCUAAUGAGCCAAUACGAGGAAGAGCUACAAAAAACAUCAAACAGAGCGAUAUACUACGAAAAUGAACUACAUCGCAGAGAAUCAGACUUCCAAGAGAAUAAAAAAUUCUGGGAGGAAACCAAACAAAAACAGACACAGCAUAUAAGACAGCUACAAAAAGAAAUGGAGGACAUGAACAGAGAUUUCAUUACUACAAUGCAAACAGCUGAUCACAGAUUAAAAAACAUGGAACUAAACUUACGUGACAAAGAACAACUAAUGAGAGAAAGAGAGCAAAGACAUCAAAGACAAAUGAAUGAAAUUUACACCUCCUUUAGCGUAGCACUAGAUCAGCAAAGACAAAACGCAGAGAGAAGAUUACUCACAGAAAGAAGUCAAGCAGAGGCACAUAUACUAUCUCAAGAAGAGAGACUACAAAACCAAGAACAACUAAUAAAUCAACAAGUGAAUGAACUAAAUCGACAGGACACAAUAAUACAAGAACAACAAGCGGAAAUACUACACAAUGAAAAUACAAUCGCUGAUAUGCAUGAACAAAUGUACCAAAUGAAUGAAAGACAAAACGAAAUUAUAACAACGGCAUACGCAGAACCUGGUUCAUCACUAAUGACAGCAAACCAUCUCGCAAUAGCAGGGUACAGAAAAGCAAUUGGUGAUGGAAGAGAAAUAAUAUGGGACGCUGCAACACUAACUAAUGGAGGAAAUCACUAUGUUAUUCCUAAUCUCGAAAAAUCUUACUUCGUAAACUGGGUAAAGAGCAACACACUAGACAAACUAGCAUUAAAACAUGGAUUACUAAAGAAACGCGGAACAGGAUAUAUUAAUUACCAUUUAUGGGGCGAUAAUUAUAUCAGUGGAAGAACAGCAUACAAUACUAUAUUACAAUUUACUGACGCGACGAACAAAGUUUUAAACGCAGCUGAAAAAGCAAAACAAGGACUACAAAUCAACACAGAUGAACAAUUAGCAAUAGGUGUAGCAAGUAGAAUCUACCAAGAUCCAGAAGCAACAGGAAAUAGAAGACAAGUCUUAAUGUAA